AGCCUUAGCCACCUCCUGGGACAUGCUUCCAUGAAGGAUGACAAGGUUCCGAUCCUGUGACCAACUGGGGGUAGGAGUGGGAGCCAGGAAAGGAACAAGCCUUGGAGUGCUGGAGCAAACCCAAGAUCUAAGGCCAGGGUUUCAGGGGUGGGGAAGGGAAAAGUGACAGAAAAGAGGUAGUGUGAGUGGUAGCCAGGCCUAGAGGGCAUACCCAGCCUUUACUCCUGGCAGUCUUGAGGGAGUUCCAGCUAGAAAGGAAUUUGGUCUAUUUACGUUUUUGAGGAUAAAUGCUUCUUGCUAGUGAGUGGUUAUUACUAUUUGCUGAUCUGAUGUCUGAAAAAUGGAAUCUUACGGCUUUAGCACACGUUUUUUCUUAUUGAGUGAGAGCAGCGGUUUCAAACCUACAGUGCCAGAAGCUGGCCUCAACACAACGCCCGAGGCUGGGCGCAAACCAAGCAGCUCGGAUUGCCACAGUUCGCAGAGAUAUUCCCACGGACCGGGACCAGAGUCCCCAAGAGCACCGGGUAUGACCGGUACUGGCGGGCGAUCACCCCUUAAGCAGGAGCUGGAGAACACUUACCAUAAAAGAGAGGACGAGCGCCUGCCUGGGAGGAAUCCCCAGCGCUGGCAGGUCCGGGACUCCCGGGAGAGAGGUCUGCUGCCACUGCCGCCCACUCAGGGGCGCCCGAGCGACCCCGCGGAUGCUGGUUGCUGCUUCUCCGCCAGCGGCGCGUCCUCGGCUUGUACCCGGCGGCAGCGCCCUCUCUCUCUGCAGGGUGCCCUGGAGUUACGGACGUUCUUGGAGAAGUUGAUGCUCAGGAGAGGCGAGAGGCCGCGGAGGUCCGGUCCCGAGUGGUGAAGUGCCUGCUGAUCUCAGCGGGACGCGGAAGCCCUUGCCCCCGUGGCCCUAAUGCUUAGUGCCUGACCUGGAGAGCGAUGAGUCCCGCGCUCAGGGCACACGGGCCGCGCCUCGGCCGCCCGUCCUCGGAGCACCCGGUUUCUUCCCCCAGAGCACAGAGCACACGCCGCGAGGGCUGCAGCGGUGGCCAGGACCCGGGCUGCUGUGCGCUCAUUGCCUUCCCCAGGGGCUGGGCGCCUUUGUGCUCCGGGCGCGCCGACCGCCAGGGCCAGCUCUGGAUGCUGCAGCCGCCGCCUCCCCCUCCUCCUCCACGGCCGCUCGCUCCCCGCCUUCCCGGCCGGCCCGGAGGCUGCAGCUGAAAGCCGAUCCGGCUGAGCUCAUCCCUGAAGGCCACUAAUCCAAUAGCCGCGGAAGGCGCGGCCGCCGGGAACGCCCCUUCCCCCACCAUCCCGCGCCCCGGCCGUCCCAGCUCGGGCCGCUGCCGGCUCUGCCACCUUCUGGAGGCCACCAGCUGGCGGGAAAGGGAAGUGGAACCCGCGCCCGCGCCCCUGGGCCGAAGUGGCGCGGACGCCAUUCACUCAUCUGCCGGCUGGCUGGCCUAGACACUCGCUCACACACGCGCUCAUUCAUGCGCACGGGUCCUCCCCCAUUCAUUCAAGCGUGGCUAGAGAGCCACGGUGGGUGUCCCUGGGGGCGGGGAUGAAGAGAGGAGACUCCACGGUCGCCAGAUAGCUUUGGUGCCUGUAUUCAAGACCAGCGGGAAACAGCGGGGAAACAGCGACUGGGAAAGAGAAUGCUUUAAUAUACCCCCUUGCCUUAGGCACACACAUGUCCACACUUUAUUUCUGAGGCCAGACUCCAACUCAUCUUUCUAAAUCCAAUUUCACGCGGCACCUGCUCCCUGGUGCUUUUCCCCGCCCACCUGAGGCCCGAGAGGAAGAUUAUUGAUCAGAGGGCUACAGGCGCUGAUGGUGGGCGGCUCCCUCAUUAACCAGAAUGUAGAGAUAAGAGGGUGUGGCCAGAGCGAGGGAUGCUCUGUACCUCUCCAAGCUGGCUUCCUUCCAGGCCAGGGCAUCCUUCUUGCGAUGCCAGCGUUGACAUUAGGUCCAUUCCAUAGUCUUAACUGACCUUACGUCUCAGAAAGUGUCCAUUUUUUUUCAUGUACACAGAAGACAAGUACCUGCAAUUCAACCCUGUGAGGAAAAUAUGUGGACCCAGGCUCGGGAGUUCUUCUUCCAGACUGGGGAGGGCAAUUUGAGAAUGUUUCCUUGUGGAAGUGUCUGCCUAAAUGAGUUGCUAGAUGCAUAGACAUCAGAGUCUCAUGGUAGGGUACCUGUAACAGCCUGUGGUAUAACUGGAGCCAAAAACAGGAGGUGAUGAAACGGGAGUGGGUACUUAGGGUCUUGGAGAGCAUCCAAAGGGCUUGGCUUUUCCCCAAGAUCAGUUUGGCAGGCCUCUUGACCUUCACAGAUUUGCUGUCCAAAAAGAUAAUCCAGAGGCAGAGUGGAUAGAUGGAUGAAUAAUAGCACAAACCAGCUUGGAAGCUGUAAACAACACUUUGCCAAUUAGGACAGCUCCGUGGUGUGGAAAGGGGUAUCCUGAGCAAGUGUCAUGAGCGUUCAUGAUUUUAUUUGUGCUCCUUCAUCUGUGUCUGUAUGUCUGUCCCUCUGUACCUGUGUGUCUCUGCCCUUGGGACUGCACAGAAUUGCUGCUGAAGGAACGUGACCCAUGUACACAUUUCCUUGUUCCACUGAAGUCCCCUCCUUCCCCAGGACAUCUCUGGAGUCUGUGCUGAGACCGUGGCUGUGGCGCUGACAGAGCUGGACAGCAUGAAAUGAGAAUCGAGGAAAACUCAGAGCAAAGGGGAACUUAAGACUUUCCAAGGACUGGAGAGAUGACUCAGAGCACUUUCUGUUCAGCUGGGCAUGGUGGUGCCUGCCUUUAACCCCAGCACUCAGGAGGCAGAAGCAGUCAGAUCUCUGAGUUCGAGGCCAGCCUACUCUACAGAGUGAGUUCCAGGACAGCCAGGGCUACACAGAGAAACCCUGUCUCAAACAAACAAACAAAAAACAAACAAACAAACAAAGUACUUGCUGCUCUUGCAGAGGACCAGAGUUCAGUUCCCAGCCGUCACAUGGUGGUUCGCAGCUAUCCAGAAUAUCAGUUCCAGGGGAUCAGUUGCCUUCCUCUGACUUCCAUCAGCACCAGGCAUGUACACGGCGCAUAUACAUCCAUGCAGGCAAAAUACUCAUACACUUACAAUAAACCUGAAAAAAAUACACCCAAGACUCUCCAGCUGAUGGUUUUUCCACCUGGACCCUAAUACAGUUGCCAACACUCAUUUCUUCUUUCUGGAAGACUUCACAGUAGCUUAAGAACAAGGCGAGGAAGGGUCAGUGGCCACAAUUUGAGAAACUACUCCCCCAAACACAUACCCAUGUGCCAGAUAGUUUCUCUACACAGGCCUUCACAAAUGUGACUUGCCUUAGGUAUCAAGAAAUGGGCAUAACAGCACCCCCAAGAAACAUUGAAGUUCCCCAAAUCUUCCACCCCCUGAAUAGCAUAGAUGUAGUGUGUCCCCAAGUUUGAAAUGUGAACAAAUAUCCAUUCAUUCCAGAUAGGGUGUCCAUGGCAGACCAGAAAAAUAAUUGCACCCAAGUCUACUUUGGUGAUCCAUUAGUGUUACUGAUAGAAGCAAGGGACGCACAAAUUUAUCACUAAAAAGGCCCAUCUCAGUAUGCAUAGCAAGUUGAGCUCUGUGCACAGCUAGCAAUCAGAAGAGUCUCCAUGCCCUAGCUUUUACAAGCUUGAGAAGGAGCCUUGUGAAUCUUGUAACUUUCAUGAGCUUUCCGAGCCUUCUGAGUUUUAUUAGCUCCCCAGUCUUAGUUAAAAAAAAAAAAAAAGUCUUAGCAAACCUCUCUCCUCCCUCUCUGAGAGAAUAUUUCAAUUCAGAGGAAACAACCACACAUGAAGAAGGAAUUGCCACUUGAGGAGCAGCCUGGAUAACCGGAUCAAAUAUUCUUUAAACUGAAGUUCGAAGCCUAUAAACUGGCCUCUGAUAAUCCCUGACCCUGGAUUGCCACAUUCUGUCUCCCUUCCUCUGAAGUGUAGGCUGGACUCGCUGUCUUGUUUUUCACAAAUAGAACACAGUAGGACAAACAAGCUGUCCCACCUGUGAUUGGAAAACGCCAGUGGCUCUGGGCACACAUCAUCUCUCUUGCUCCUUUGGCUUUUAUCCCACCACAAAGGAAGCCAGGUAUUGUGUUGUGGGGAAACUUGGUGGGGGACUGAGGCCUGCCACCAUGGGCCUGAACUAGAUAGCACAUCCCUCCUUGGCUGAGCCUUCCCAUCAGGCUGCAGUCCUUCUGAUGUCUUGACUACACUCAAGACACCUGAAUCAGAGGCACAAACCAAGCCACACUGAUUCUUGAGUGUGGACAUGCUAAGAAAAUGAUUGUGGUUUUAAGCUUCUGAAUCUUCGGAUUGUUGGCUAAUCGGUGUAAUAUAACUAAUACAAGAUAUUCUUAACUGCCAAGGAGUGGAUCUAAAAUAAGUCUUUGGUGAACUC